CCAGCCGAGAACUUAUCAGCCUUGAUAGCCACCCACUUCAUCUACGAUGUCUGUCCCCGGCGCACAAGUUCCUGACCAGCUCCCCUGGGAUCCCAAUUGCACCCAAUUCCCCUCUCGCAAGGAGCUCCCCAAGAUCCCAGGUGCCCCGGAAGACGCUGCCUGGGUGUGGGGGAAAGAUGACUCGCUCGGCCGCCUGAACCUGCUCACUCCGGACAGAGUCAAAGCUGCAGCUAAGGAGAUCCAAACGGGAGAGAUGAUCCGGCUGGAUCUCCCAUUGAACAUCCCCAACCCACCAGCCUUUGGUCGUGAAUGCUUCCAGCACACCAUCAAAGAACUCGUCAAAGACGUCGUAUACGAUGAUACCUACACCUUGAACACGCAAAGCGGCACUCAAUGGGACGGGUUCCGUCACUUCGCGCACCUGGAAACCAAGACCUUCUACAACAAC